AUGAAGGACAGGGCUCCCAAGGAAAGCAGUUCUCCAGCAGAAGUCCCCCAGGUGAUCCUGGCAAAACCAUCACAAACACAGAUGGGAGGGACUGUUGCAGCCAGCGGGGGGAGGCUCUGUGACUUGUACUCUCUCCAGCUGGGGAAGGACAGGAGCAGGGCUGAGGAAUACCUGCGUCAGCGCCUGUUGUACCCCAAGGACCCUGAGGCCACUGUGCGAGAGGUGACCCUCAGGUUCAUCAGUGAGCCCCAGCCCCUGGAGUCCCUCUUUCGGCAACCUGGCCCCCAUCCCUGCUCCUGCACCAACAUCGUGGCGCAGCCCUGGGGCUGCCCAAGCCCCAGCUGUCACAUGCUGGGCCUCAACCUCCCUCCGCCACCCCUGCCCAUGCAACUGGGCUUGAUGGCCACCUUGCUCAGUUCUACCCCCCUGAGCUACUGGUGGUUCCUGGGGUCAUCCCUGCUGAGGGGGAGGAGGGCAGGGCCAGGGGCCACGCUGCUGGGAGCCCGCUGGGGAGCAGAGGCUGAUGGAGCUUUGUCCCUAGGGGUGGCCACGCGGCACCUGCAGGACCAAAGCACAGAGAAACUGGAUGAGAUCUGCAGUGCCCUUCAGCCCUUGAAGACUGUGGGCAACGAUUUCAUCUCUUACCUGGCAACUCAGGCCAUCUUGAUCCUGACAGCUUUAAAUCUACAGCAAAACCCAAGAUUCAAUCUACAGGCACUGUUCUUUUGGUGCUACUGAGCCAGUUGGAGGAUGGCUGUGAUUUAUUAACACUGGAACAAUAGGCCCAAAUCCAUGAUGUCCUUCAGAUGCGCAGACUGUGUCCUGCUUGGCCUUACUGCUGCCUGCAGGACAACUUUCCCCUCAGCACACCCACAGCCCCAGGCUGUUUGAGAAGUUGACCCCUUACUGAGGCUUUACCCAGGAGAAACCUCAUUUGUGUCUCCUCAGGGCAGUCCCCCCACCAUGCAGUGAGGAUAAGGCACAGAAACUGUGGGCUCCGCUCUGCCUUCCCAUGGGUGUACAGGCAUCCAACGACGCAUCUGCUGUUACUGCAUCACCACCUCCCCUCACCAUAAUGGGUUUGGAAGGGUUUCCAAGCAGAGUACUGUGGUGUUAAGGAGACCAGAGGGAAACCUCAGGGGUCCUAGAGGGACUGGAGGACAAACAAAGAGCCUCGGUUGCUGCCACCAUGGGAGAAGAUGGGCCUCCACUGCCAUGUUGCUGCUGACAGGGGCAGCUGUCCCUACCCACAGGUCAGGGGCAUGAUGUUCCUUAUAAAUCCUUGUCAGGCUGAACAAAGACACUGGACACGUGUCUGGGAACUCUUAUGUUUUACUGUACAGUCGCCAUAAGUCUGGCAACCAGCCCACUAUUUAGACUGAAAAGAUGUUGGCUAACAAGCCCUUAAUUUCAUACAGUACGUCUCUAAGUUCUCAACUCCCAAAACAAACUCCUCAAAGGUGUUGGCACACAGGCCACUACACACAAUCAAAGGUGCUGGCCAACAAACCACAACGCACCAAUAUUCAUUUGUUCCCCCCCGAAAGGGAAGCCUUUUCACCACCUCGGUUGUAAUAUCUGGAACAUGCAGGACUUGAGUGUAUGUCAAGGGAAAGUACUAGGCUUAGGCAUUUACCUGAAUUGCAAUUAUUCUUUAAAUCAGACAUGAAAAUCACUUACAAAAAGUGUAAUAGUUCAGUAAACUACUGUGAGAUUUAAAAAAAACCCAUAAAAUCUCAGAGGCUGGAGAAUUUCUGAAACUGAAUAAGCUUAGGAAAAAAAGAAAUAUUACCCCUCAUCCAUUCCUUUAUUGUUUUAACAAUGUGCCUAAUAACAAAGUUUUGAGGUUUGGUUUCUUUUUUUGGUCUUUUUUUUUU